AUAAAAAUGUUAGAGACAGCCUUGAAUGCAGCUUUAGAAGUCGGCUACCGCCACAUCGACACCACCUACGUCUUCGAAAACGAAAAGAUCAUUGGAAGGGUGAUAUAACAGUGGAUUUCCACCGGCAAGAUAAAAAGGGAUGAUUUCUACAUCACCACCAAAUUGGCGCUAUGCGGCGUACAUCCAGACAGGGUCGAAAUGAUGUUGAAGGAGUCACUGGAAGAAUUGCGUUUGAACUACGUUGAUUUAUAUUUGCUGCAUUUCCCAGUGGGCACAAACUACGUGGAGCGAUGUUUAGUUACUCCACCCACUAUGUUGAAAUUGGAGAACAGUGAUCACGUGGAACUGUGUAAGAAAAUGGAAGAGCAAGUAGAUGCCGGUAGAACAAAAGCCAUUAGACUGUCCAACUUCAACAAAAAACAAAUAGUAACGAUACUGAAAUCGUGCAGGAUAAAACCAGCUUGUUUGCAAAUAGAAAUCCAGGUUGCCAUACAGCAAAGAGAAUUGGUAGAUUUUUGUCACAAAAACGAUUUCGUCGUUGUGGCAUAUUCUCCUUUAGCAUCACCAGGAUAUAAUAAUUUCCUUCACACCAUUGGACAUGAGGGCAAGGAACUACCGAAAAUGCUCCAGAAUCCAGUCAUAAAACAAAUAGCAGAAAUUAUAACGUAAAGGUAAGAUAAGUUAAACGAACUAAUAAAGGUAAUCAAUACUUAAUCAUGAAGAUAAAAGAUAGUCGAAAUAGGUAAAUUAAAUCAAGGAAUGAAUAUGUCAAAUUUAGCAUAACAUUCAGCAGUCUCAGAAGAGAACAAAUUGUAUUCCCACUUGUUGAUAUGUGCAGACAUCAAGUUUUCCGCCAAGCAAUCUACCCAUACCCAACAAAUUGUCCACUCUACAGGACAGAACGUAAGAUAAGACAGGAUAAGAUAAAACUAGUCAUUGAAAACAAUCGCGCUUGUAGUAAAACCAUGUACAUUUUUUUGUAC